AUGGCGCGCGCGAGCGCGGGCGCGAGCGAGGUGGUGCUCGCGCGACGUCCCGAGUGGUGCGUCCUCCGAGGGGUCGACGGGCGUGAACUCCGCGCGAGACACACGUUCCCGACGGGACAGACGUUCCGAUGGCGCGCGCGCGUGGACGGAGAUUACGUCGGCGUCGUGGGCGCGCGCGUGGUGCGCGUGCGCGAGGGGCGGGGCGAAUGCGCGGACGCGGCGUACAAGGUGUACUGUCGACCGGCGGGCGAGACGGUGGAGGACGACGAGCGGGUCGUGCGGGAGUACUUUAACGCGGAUGUUCGGUUGGUGACGCUGUACGACGCGUUCGCGUCGAGAGAUGGGCGGUUUAGGGAUUUGGCGACGCACGUGGACGGCGCGCGGAUGUUACGGCAGAAUCCGAGCGAGUGCUUGUUUAGUUUCAUAUGUAGCAGUAACAAUCACAUCUCGAGGAUACACGGGAUGGUGGAGAAGAUGUGUGAGAGGUACGGUGAGGCGUUGCCGGUGACGGAGGCGGUGGUGGCGCUGGACGAUGACAUGGAGCGCGCGUCGCCGGCGGCGGAGGCGAGCGGGAAGGAGGCGGCGGCGGCGGCGAAACGCGACGUCUUUUUCUCGUUUCCGAGCGCGAGUCGAAUAGCGAGCGAGGCCACGGAGGAGGAAUUACGAGCGAUGGGAUUUGGAUAUCGCGCCAAAUUCAUCGUCGGCACCGCCAAGGCGCUGAUGGAUCGAGCGAAGGCGCUCGGCGGCGAUGCGACGCCCGAGUCGUACCUGCGAACGCUGCGAGACGAAACAAGUUACGUCGACGCCCACGUCGCGCUCCAAGAGCUCCCGGGGAUCGGCCCCAAGGUAUCGUCGUGCGUGUGCCUCUUCUCUCUGGACAAGCACGCCGCGAUUCCCGUCGACACGCACGUGUGGCGACUCGCGUGCGAGCACUACGCCCCCGAGCUGAGUGAGGCCAAAACUGUGACUCCCAAAAUCAUGCGUGCCAUCGAGCAGCGCUUCGAAGAAGUCUUCGGCGAAUACUCCGGAUGGGCCCACAACAUCUUAUUCAUCGCCGAGCUCAAGACAGUGCGCGACCGCCUUCCAGAAAACCUCCGAACUCCCCAGAAGCCCAAGAAGCCCAAGACGCCGAAGCGAUCCGCCGACGCGAGCCCCGAGCGCGUCAAGGUCGAGAUCAAGUCCGAGCCCUUUUGCGACACUUUCGAUUCACCCUAG